GUGGGCAGUUGCACUUGCACGUGCAUGUAGGAUACUCAACAGAAAACGUCCUGGAAGUCUGGAGGCGCGUCUUCUGCGGCAUCCAGAUUACUCCCAUCUGGUGCAAACCCGGUGCGCGCCGCUGCUGCCUCUUAUUCCAGGACUAAUUUCAGUCAGCGCUUUGAACCCCGAGCGCACUGCGCUGUGGCGGAGUGUAAGUGAGUGCGUUAAGUUCGAACUAGGAGCCUGAAUACGGUUUAUAUUUUAACAACGCCAAAUACAACAAAGUAUUUUGGCCAUUUCUGUUCAGCAAGAGGACUUAGAAGUAGGAUCGCACCAUGGAUACGGUCGGCGACUCUAUCGGAGAAAGUAAGCCGGUGUGCCAGUGUACCCCCAAGUCCCGGAGCCAGCGAUGGGUGCCAGGUUUCCCCAUCGCUCUGUGCUUGCUGAUGUCGAUGAGCUCCAUCACCGUGUGUCUUCUGAUGAGCUUGAAGACCUAUCAGCUGGAGAACCGACUGCAGAUGGAGUUGGACAAGGCGUCUAUCUUCCAACACCCGAAAAGGGCGUUCGUAAACGAGGAUGGGACCCUACUGUCAGAGUUGAGCACCCCAAUAGGAAAGCUCGUGGAAGAGAAAGUGGUGGCUCUGACGCCAAAAGUGCGGCCAGCGAGGGAUGUUGGCCAAGAGUGCUCCUGUCCUCCAGGGCCUCCAGGAAAACGUGGAAGGAUGGGAAGAAGAGGGGAACCUGGGCUUCCUGGCAAGGCUGGACGGGAUGGAUACCCGGGUCCACUUGGCUUAGAUGGCAAACCAGGUCCACCAGGUCUGAAGGGCAGCCAGGGACCAUCCGGACCCAAGGGAGAAAAGGGUGACCAAGGAGACAUUGGGCCAAGGAUGGUUUUCCCCAGAACUGACCACGGCUUUCUCUCGAGAGAGCCGACCAACAGCUUUCAGAGACUCUUUCUGAAGGGUGAUCAGGGUCAGGCUGGACCUGCUGGUCCUCCCGGUCCCCCAGGUCCUCCAGGUCCCCGUGGCCCCCCUGGGAACACUGGUAAAGAUGGACCUCGUGGUCUUCCCGGAGAGCCAGGUUUUCCUGGUCGCGAUGGAGCUGAGGGGCCACAGGGACUGCCUGGGAGGCCGGGAGAAGAUGGGCAGCCUGGUUAUCCACAACAGGGUGUCCCGGGGCAAAAGGGCGAGCCUGGGAAUGCAGUAAAAGGAGAGCGAGGCAUGGAUGGACUUCCAGGAUUAAAGGGUGACAAAGGAGAAAGAGGAGAGCAAGGACUACAGGGAGCCAUGGGUUUUCCUGGUGAGAAGGGCACCCCGGGUGCUUCAGACAUCAUCGACUUCAAUGGGAAGCUUCUAGAUGCUUUGCAGGCCAUCAACACCAUCAGUGUUUCGGGGCCACCUGGACCACCAGGACCUCCAGGACCUGCAGGGGAAAAGGGUGAGCUCGGGUUACCUGGACCAGCAGGAGUUGACGGGGAGAAGGGACUCAAAGGUGACAUGGGUGAGACAGGACCUCCCGGCAUGAGAGGAGAGAAAGGCGAGAUGGGUCUCUCUGGGCCUACUGGUAUGGAUGGACAGAAAGGAGAAAAAGGCGACUGCAGACUAGAUGACAACUUGGUUCAGAUGAUUUCCCAGCCAGGCCCACCUGGCCCACCAGGCCCACCGGGAAUACCUGGGCACCCUGGAUCCAUGGGGCUGCAUGGAAUGCCUGGUCCUAAGGGUGAACCAGGAGUGGGGAUAAAGGGAGAGAAGGGAGACAGUGGUCCUCCUGGAUCCAGAGGAUCAGAUGGCCUCCAAGGUCCACCUGGGUCUCCGGGCUUAGUGGGCCUUCCUGGUGCCAAGGGAGAGAAAGGAAGACUAGGAGAGCCUGGACUUGAUGGUUUCCCAGGCCUGAGGGGAGAAAAAGGUGAUCGAGGCGAAAAAGGAGACAAGGGUGACAGAGGAACAGUAGGGAAGAGAGGUCUAAAGGGCCAGAAGGGUGAACAAGGUCCUCCGGGUCUGGACCAGCCUUGUCCUGUGGGGUGCGAUGAGUCUAAAGAGCAGUCUGUGAAGGCAGCGGUUUCUUCUCCUGCAACUCCUCCUCUUCCUCCUUCUGGCCCUGAGGGCCCCUGUCCUCUGGGACGUGACGGGCUACCCAUACCGGGCUGCUGGCACAAGUGAUUACUAACCAGCAGCAUGGAAUCUGUACAUAUUGAUGUGGUAUAUAUUGCAACAGAAUACUAUGCCAACAACCCUACUCCCUUUUUUCCUUUUUUAUAAAAUCCUAUUAUAUAAUAUAUUGAGACUUUGAGAACAAGGACAUAUUUGGGUCUACAGUAUUAAAAAAAAAUGUUUAAACUCGAGAUCCGGUGUUGUUGUUGUGAAAGCAGCCGUGCUUUUGAAGAGACUGACGUGACGUGGCCGUGAGACUCUUAGUUUGGAGGACAGUCCAGAUGCCAUUGUUGGAGUAGAGGAGUGCCUAACUAACAAAGCCUGCCUUGUUGCCUGAUUGUCGUGUGCGCACUCGUCCAUUCUCACAGGAUGGAUGCUUGAAGAGAUGGACGUUAUUUCGCGGCGGAUGCAAGAGUGUGUUGUCAGUACUCUCUUGUCCUCUCUCUGUUUUUGUUUUGAAAGGAGGAAAUGGCAAGGCAGAAGCUCAAACGCAAGCGUCUCUCUCAGCCCUGAAACGGUGCGGGGCCCGGUUGGAGUAAGGACACGUAGACACGCAGAAAUCACAAGGGGCUGAUUUGCUUUUUGCAGCAGAGCCGGCCAUGUAAUGCCCCUGUGUCAAACCGAACUCUCACAUCCUCCGACAUGGAAUCUCUCCAAGAGGACGCAAACACUGCGUUUCCACAUUCACCUCAGAGGGAAAGAUGAACCUGCUUCUGAUGUUUUGUAAAGGCUUGAGGUUUUCUGAGAGUCAAUGAUGUCACUGGCACAUAAGGAAGGAUUUUCUGUGCAGAUAGUUUGAACAUGUUAUGGUGAUCUCUUAAAUUAAUCUUAAGUCAGUAAGUAAGUUUUCACUAAUGCAUGAUCAUAACAGUUUUGUAUAACAUGCUAUCGGCUUGUAUGACUUGUGGUCCCUCAUUGAAACCUCAAAGUGCAUUGAUUUUUACAUACAAUAAGCAUUUUUUAAAUGAACAAGCCACUCAGAAAUGUUAGUCCACUUUUUUACGGCUGACGUUUAUGAUGACUUGUGCCGUUUUGUUUUAUUAUGGUAUAUUUUUACCUAUCGCCAGUUUCAUUUUUGCAUUCCUGUGCAUUACCAUGAUUGUGAGAUGACUAGGUAGUGAAACUUUAAGGUCAGAUUUGAAGGAACCAUUAACAGUAUUCAUGAUAAACCAGUGUUUCAGUUGCUUGACAAAUGUUUGCCAAUCUUGAUGCGUUUUGACUGAUUGUUAUAGUUUAGUCACAGAAAGAAAGGAAAAGAUGUUUAAUUACUGCUGCCAGUCUUUCCUGGACAACAGUAGAAGUCCUUGCUGCUGACUUAAAUGUUUGUUGUUUGUUAGAUAGCUUUGAAUCAAUAUUAGUCAUGGAAUGCAGGACUAACGCUCUAAAGAAGAAACCUUUAAUCAAACAUGCACACAGCAGUUGUUUUGGCGGUAGUUUCUUUUUCAUUCAGCAACAUCUCAGCACAGUGGUUCUAAAGUCUUUGCAGUCAGAUGACUUCAACUAGUUUGUUGUGGUUUUUGUAAUACAUUUUCCUCAGACUUACUCAUUUAUUGGUGCUUAAAUACUUUUGUGUACUGUUCAAAUAAAACACAGACACGCACAAAUGCACACCUUUUAAAGAACUGUAAAACAAAUGGUGAAAUGGUAAUCUGUGUUGGCUUGGACACUAUACACAGGACUGAUAAUGCAUAGGAUCAAUAUAUGCAAACAUAUACGUAUUAAUGGAAAGUGAUGUUAAAGUUGUCUACGCAUUGAUAUUUGUAAUGCAGUAUUAAAAUUACUCAGUAAUGAUCUUUUUGAAAGGCAAAAUACAUUUUCAGGUUAAUCAUUUUUGGCAAUCUACAGGUUACACUGGUUAGUUGUCUUCAGUACUAUUAACCCAUCACCACAGAGGCUGCUAAACAAUUCAACUAAUGCUGUAAUAUUUCAAAUGGAUUUUAUAUUACAACAGUACAUUUGUAAUGCUGACUUUCUUGUAAUUAUAAAUAUCUUAAUGUCCUAUAACCAGGCUCACGUUAUGUUCGAGUAUGGUUUAGGCUGCAGAUCCAGUAAUUAACAAAUUUAUUAGACUACCUGUCAUUAAAAAUCAUAAAUAUUUUAGAAAUCUCUUAAAAAUGUGUUUAAAAAUAUAAAAAAUAUAUAUAUAAUGUUUGUUUAUUAGGCAAAUACAAACUGAAUUCAUGUUUUUUUUCUAUCCAAAUUUAAGCUGGCACACUGGACAACAACAGAAAUUAUAUUUUAGUAUUAAAAAUAUUAUUUACAUAAGGUAGUUGUAUUAAACUGGUGGAUUAACCAGUACAGAAACAUAAGAAAAUGAUUUUGGUUAUGACCAAUACUGUUAAUUUGGGGCAGCUGUGACAUAAACCUGACACCAGGUGGUGGUUUAAUAAAUUUGUUAAGCAGUCUUCCAACAGAAUAUUUCCUGUUUAAGCCUCAGAUAAGAAGCUGUAACAAACCUCAUAUCACCUUUUGUUUAUUAUCAUUUUGCAUGAAGUCUUUUACAUUGUACCUGCAAAGUUGCAUCACUUAAAACACAAAACAAUUUCUGUAUCAGUAGAAAAAUAUGUUAACUUAAAUAACACAUACUCAAAAAACUAAAAGAAAAGGCAUCACAUUAAGCUAAAACGAACUUUCUUUGGGAAUCAUGAUCAAAUGUGUGUUGAGGUUGCAGUUAUGUAGAAUGGUUUAAAACGCAGGUUUGGGUUUUGUUUCAUUGGGAAAGCUGGUAGUUAUCUGCCACAUUACAUAUGUGCCUUGAUUUCUUUCGCAGAUUCUAUCAGUGUCUUUUUUAUGGCUAAAUGAGUAAAUGGCGCCAUGUCAGGAUAGUUUGUUUUAGCAACUCUUUUACCACAGUGUUAGCUUAACUUUGUGAGAAUGUUUUUGUUUGCUCUUUUUUGGUUGGGUAUUUGGUUGUAAAAGAUUUAAGCUAUUUUUGUAAUUGUCUAAAAUGUAUAACAUAAAAUCUGGUAAACUAAACAUGUAGAUGGAAAUAAACCCUCUAGUUCUAUGGUUGCUUGUCAUUAAAUAUAUCCAUGUUA